AGUGCUGCGCUAUAUCGGUGACCUCACAGCUCCACCGGGUUUCUGAUUCAAAAGUCAGUCAGAUCUCACCUGCUAGGAUAAUACUUAAUAACUAAUAACGUCACUAUGUCUGAGAAAGAGCUGGGACAGAAAUGGGACCGCUGCCUCGCAGAUUGUGCUAUUAAAGUUGGUGCAGGUCUUGGUUUAGGUAUCGUCUUCUCUGUGGUUUUCUUCAAACGAAGGACCAUGCCAAUCGCAUUUGGCACAGGAGUAGGACUGGGCAUGGCCUAUUCCAACUGCCAGAAUGACCUGAGGUCUCCAUAUCUUCUACACAGCAAUGUUACUAAGGAGCAGUAGCACUGGACAUGUGAAGGAUUUCAUGUGUUUUGUUGCUUAUUUGAGAGUCAGCUGACAAAUAUGUCUUCAUAAUCCAACAACUCUGUGCCUGAACCGAGAGUGAGCGAGAGACUGUCUUCAUUUAAUCACAUUGUUUAUAAAGAUAUUGUUGGAUACUGUAGAUUUGAGAAUGCUGUGAUGUGGGAAAACAUGCACCUAUAAAACACUAUUUUAUGGCAUGA